AUGGGCUGCAGGCUCUCUCGAGCGGUACGGCUGCACGUGAAAGCUGAGGCCUCUAUCGCCAUUUCGUCUACCUAUCACAAGGCUGAGCACACGGACACAUCACAAAAGUGCAAAGAGAGUGUACCGCAACCAUUACGGCCUUUCUCUCACGACGACAUCACAAUCACAUCUUCAGCCACGCUGCCGAUAACAACACAAGAACCCACUGCCGCCUUCAGCCUGUUCCUUGCAGAGCAUUGCCUCAUGUCGAUUCAACUUCCAGAUGCCGAAAUUGAUGGGCCCACCGUCGCAACAGCCCCAUCCACUCCGGCACCUCCGCAGCCCACCGAUGUUUUGGAGGAGUCCAGCCCGGAGCCUAGCAAUGCUUUGGAAGGGUCCACCGUCCGGUGUAUCACUUGUUGCACAACAAUGCCUAACGAAAAGGACAAGUUCUUCCAGCCCUGUAAGAAUUGCGAUAGUGUAUAUUGCGGAUCAUGUAUUAGAUAUUUAUUUAUCGAAGCCUGUAACGACAUGACGCGCAUGCCGCCACGGUGCUGCGGCCCAAUCCAGUUACACCACGCAAGGCCUCAUUUGAACGGGGAAGAAAUCGCUGUAUUCAAAGCAAAAUAUGAGGAGUGGCUGACUCCAAACCCCUUCUACUGCCCUGUACCUACAUGCUCAGCUUUCAUACCAGAACGACUUCUUCCUGAGCAGAUAAAAUCGAACAGAAAACGCACAGAUUCUGGGACCGGAAUACCAACUUCGAAAACUUUUGCAUGUCCUGCUUGCGAAUCAAGCAUUUGCGCAGACUGCCGACUGACUGCACACCCUUCCAGUGCGUGCAAUGUCUCCGAGUUUGGCAUCGACGAAGAGACCACUAGACUCCUGAAGAGCUGGGGCUAUAAGCAGUGCCCAAAAUGCCGGCAUGGAAUCAAGCGUAUGUUUGGGUGUAGGCAUAUGGAGUGCCGUUGUGGGGCUCAUUUUUGCUUCAACUGCAUGGGCAAUCCAGAUUUUUGCGGGGAUGAUUGUGUCGAAGACGAAGACGAUGAGGUGGAGAGCGACGAUGGGAGCACGUUGGAACCAUCAGAGUCACCCGAAACAUCCUCUACGCAAGGGAACCAUCAAGAUACUGAACCACAUGUUGCACCACCGGCCGAAGCCGUCAAUCUCGAUAGGGGAAGUGCUUCAUACUGGGCAGCGCAAGCGCUGGACUUUGGUGAAGAACCAACUCAGGAUUUCGCGGACCGCGCUUGGAAUUGCUUCCAUUUCUUCAAGCCAUGCAAGAUCGAUUUGGCAAAGGCUCUAACUGCAGAUUCUUCGGACACACCGCUGGAGUGCGUGAAGUGCUGGAGCACAAUAUAUCCAGUGAUCAAAGAGCCGCCCCGUGUUUCGUCAAUGGGGCAAGCCCAGACGAUAUUUAUGGGCUCAAGAGUGAAUGACACAAGUACAGAGCGAGUGAUUGCCAGAGAGCAUGGUCACAGAAGGAGACACGAUCAAUACGUACCUCCUCGUAAUCUCGUCCGCAAUGAUGCCACAAUGGGAGCGACGCUUUGCCAAACCAACCCUGCGCCUUCUCCUCUCUCGCAAAGCGCGCCCGACCACGAGUCGCCGCUUACGCAAUACAUGAAUCGGUAUUGCGAAGCAGUUGUUGAUGUCUACGGCAACAUCAUCUCCCCAGCUGAACCACAGCAGCAUCGCCGUGCAUCCAUGGACGCCCACGACUACCACCACAUGUGUACAUUACCACCAACCAGCGGCCCAACAGGGAAAUCCCCCCUUUCUAACUCAUCAUAUCCAAGCUUAACUACCCAUACUCCCGAUCUUCGAAUGAACAUUGCCUACGACUGCUCGGACUGCAACCUGCUCGUCUGCGAGCCCUGCAAAGACGCUUUGAUCAUUGCGCGCGAUCUAGGCGUUGAGAAGCACAAAGCGUUGAUGGAAAGACUUCAGGAAGAGAGAUUAGCGCGGGAUUCGUAG